CUCUUACCUGCUUUUGUGUUAUCAUCACUGCCCUCCCUCUUUCCCCGCCGCCGCCAUUGCAACCAUCACCGCCACCGCUGCCUCUUCUUAGGCGUUAAUCUAUUUGAAACGCUUCCGCCAGUUCAAAAAUGGGUUCCCUCCUUAAAGCCUCUUCCCACGUAUUUCGGUUCGAGAAGGUGCCAUUCUUGUCGGGAAGCAAGACAAGACAAGGUGUUGUUCCUAAGAGAGUGGCUUUCCGUUUGUCCCCUGUCGCAUUAUCGUUGUCUGCGUUAACCGGAACCUUUCAACAUGACUCGGAAUCUAAUUCAACCGACAGCGCCAUCUCAAUCAUGGUAAAUGGUUGUACUGGCAAAAUGGGAAAGUCUGUUAUCAAAGCAUCAGAUUCUGCUGGCCUUCACAUUGUUCCGGUAUCUUUUGGUGCAGAGGAGUCUGGACAGACCGUUGAACUUUGUGGGAAAGAGAUUAUCGUGCAUGGUCCAUCUGAAAGAGAAAGCAUCCUUUCUUCUGUCUUUCAGGAGUAUCCAAACCUGAUCGUGGUUGACUACACCGUGCCUGCCACAGUUAAUGAUAAUGCUGAGCUAUAUUGCAAAGUUGGAGUACCUUUUGUUAUGGGAACCACUGGUGGUGACAGGGAUCGACUCUAUAAGACUGUUGAAGAGUCGAAGGUUUAUGCUGUCAUAUCGCCACAAAUGGGGAAACAGGUCGUUGCAUUUCUUGCGGCCAUGGAGAUCAUGGCUGAGCAAUUUCCUGGAGCCUUCUCUGGAUAUUUGCUGCAGGUGAUGGAGUCCCAUCAAGCAAGCAAAUUGGACACCUCUGGGACUGCUAAGGCUAUUAUUUCUUGCUUUCAGAAAUUGGGGGUGUCGUUUGACAUGGAUCAGAUACAAAUGAUCCGAGAUCCCAAGCAGCAGAUUGAAAUGGUGGGAGUUCCGGAAGAGCAUUUGCUUGGUCAUGCUUUUCAUUUGUAUCAUCUGACCUCACCUGAUCAAACAGUGUCAUUUGAAUUUCAACAUAAUGUUUGCGGCAGAUCGAUAUAUGCCGAGGGAACUGUUGAUGCUGUGCUUUUUCUUGCUAAGAAGGUUAAGUCGAAGGCAGACAAGCGAAUAUAUAAUAUGAUUGACGUUUUGCGGAAGGUAACAUGCGAUAAAAGUUCCGUUAUGCAUGUUGUUUUGAGUGUAUUAGUAACUUGUUCAAGAUAUCUUGGAUUAUGAGACGUAGGGCAAUUUUGCUUUCAAUGUUACUGGUAAUCUUUGUUCUUUGCGGUUAGUGUAAGAAUUGCAAUAUAUUUAUGAUGCUGUUGAUGU